UAUAUUAUAUAAUAACAAAUUCGUAUCACGAUAAAUUGCCACAUCCGAGUGCUCUCUUCUCAAUACUCUAAAAACUAGUACACUUUAAAAUUUCCGGAAAUGGGUAUUGUCGAUAAAUUUCUCUACUGCUUUGAGCUGAAGUACGGCGUACUUAUAAUUGGAUUGGUGGACAUAAUCCUGAGUAUACUCUGCGGAUGCUACUUGCCAUGGAUAAGACGGAAAGUGGAUGCAGAUAUUUGGAUCCUUACAGAGCAGCCGAUUACUGUACGUGGGCCAUCUCUUGUCAAAAGUUCGGAGUUGUACCGGUUUUACGUCGGUGAAGACUUCUACUUCAACAGAUUCGGGUACUCGAUGUAUAUAUUUGGCCUGAUUGUCCUCAUUCUUCACAUUGGCGCCUGUAUACUGAUCAUAAUCUCCGCUCUUUCGGAGGAGAAAAUCAUGGCUGCCCCCUAUGUGGCCACUGCUCCGAUGCGCUUCGUUGUGCUGCUCCUCAUCCUGAUUUGGAUAGUGGCCAAGUCGUUCGACUGCACCACCAGUUUUUGGCUCAUAGGUCUAAGUUUGUUUCCGGCCACCUACUUUUGGCUAACAGUCGUGUCUUGGUUUAACCCCUCCACCUCGGAAUAAACUUAGCAAUCGUUUGUAGUGUCGGAA